GUGCAAGCAAACACGUGUAAGCAAAGUGCGAAAUAUCUUGUAUGGCGUCGUACGUCUGGCAGCAGAGCAAAAACAUGAACCAAACGUGAACAUACCAAGGACACUGCACAUGAAUAAUCGUUCUACUUGAAGAAAAAGUGAGAAAAUAUACAGUAAUAUUAUUCUUUAUCUAGGAAAGUCCUCUGCAGGUUUUGUUUUUACAAGUAUUACAAAACUGCAACGUUCAAUUCAAGUUCAGAUACGUUCUCUCUCGUGCCGAAGCAAACGUUCUGCCACAUACUGAAGAGCACGGGCCCGACCAUCCCUUGUUGUUCUAGUGGCCUGUCCUUCCUUGCGUAAAAUUAGUAGAGUUUUGCGAUUAAGUGCAAAAAUGGCGCAAAUAACAAGCCUCGAAGACCCACUAACGGACGAUAUCACUGACGAGCUACUCAGUUUUCUGACAGACCUCCAAAAUAACUCGCCGGCGCUGGAGCUCGACGUAGAUUUGGACCAAGACACAUUGCCGUCCUUUCAUCAGCUGGAUCCCAUUGCACCUUGUGAGACAUGGAGUAUAUUGAGUGAAGAUAUCUGCGGACUAGAUCAAGAACACAUCGAUGAUUUUUCGUUCGAUUUCAACUUCAGAACCAACUUUAAAACACUAGUGGAAAAAGACAAGAUGGGUGGAGAAAGUAACGAUGUGUAUGCUAAUGUGGAUCACGUGCAGCCUGCGCAGAGUGGCAAGUGUAUUCAAGUACCAGAGAGCGUCUAGAGCGUCGACGACCCGUGUGUGCUUCUGACGUUGUGGGACGUCGUCGGGAAUCCUUCUGCUGCCCCCGCCGAGCCGACCGGGUCCCAGGACUCCCCAAGUACCUCGGGGAAGAAAGGAAAGACUCCCGACGAUGGAAAGUCCCAGCGGCAGCGCCGUCGACCCAAAGUCUCCUACAGGCACAUGACGAUGGAGCAGAAGACCACCCGCGUCCGCCUAUUGAACAACGAGGCGUCCAAGCUGUACCGAGACCGACGGAAGGGCAAGAGCACGCGGCUGGCUCAGGAGAGUGAAGAACUGGAGAAGGCGAACGAGGCCCUGCGUCAGGAAGUGAGAAGGAUUCAGGAGCUGAAGGAGAAGUUGAGAAAGUGCUCCCUGUGUGGAGACUGGAUUGUGAGUGAACAAGU